ACGGUGGAUUAGGUUGUUGAAGUGGAGCUUCGUUUCACUCUCGAACAAGUUGAAUAAUACAAUGGAUGAGAAGUUCUUCCUUUUGUUUUCAGACUGAACUCACAAUCAGACAAUUGUUACAAUCCGCCGCCCCUUUCGAACAAAUAUUAAAUCGUUGCCAACAAAAGUGUUACUCUUGAAACGGAAUAAAUCAGCGCUAAGUGUUAAUUUCAUAACAAGAAAGACUGCAAGGUCUACAGAAGGCGAUGGCUCAUGCUCGCCCUGUUCGUCAUGUAUUCCAUGUCGAACGCUAUGCAGUGGAUCCAGUAUUCGAUCAUCGAGAACGUCGUCGUCCGCUAUUACGGCGUAAGCUCUUCUUUCGUCGAGUGGACCUCGAUGGUGUACAUGGUCUCUUACAUCAUACUCAUCGUUCCCGGAUCCUGGGCUCUAGAUAGAUUCGGCCUCCGUAAGUGUGUAUUAGCUGGAGCUUUAGGCACAUGCCUAGGUUCUUGGGUGAAGGUAUUUUCUUCCGGUCCGGACUCCUUCGUCCUCGGCUUCCUAGGUCAGACGGCCGUUGCCAUCUCCCAGGUGUUCGUGCUAUCGGUGCCGGCCCGUCUGGCGGCCGUGUGGUUCGGCCAGGACCAAGUCUCGAGCGCGUGCAGCAUCGGCGUCUUCGGCAACCAGCUCGGAGUCGCCCUGGGUUUUCUCAUCCCUCCGUCGGUCGUGCCCGACGUGGAUGACAACGAGUUGGUCGGAAGCAGGCUUGGACUUCUUUUCAAAUCGGUCGCAGGAUUCACUUCAGUCCUACUCGUCCUCAUCAUUUUCUUUUACGAAGAACAGCCGCCCCUGCCACCAAGUCAAGCGGCCCUGAAGCAGAAAGAAGAGACCCCGGAUUUUGUUGGAUCCAUUAAACGGCUACUGUCCAACAUCGGAUACAUCCUCCUCCUCGUCUCGUAUGGAAUAAACGUUGGUGUUUUCUAUGCCAUAUCAACGCUGCUCAACAAAGUCAUCAUUACUUACUUUCAGAAUGCUUCUGAAGAUGCAGGCAGGAUAGGAUUGACCAUUGUUAUUUCUGGAACAGUUGGAUCUGUGGUAUCAGGAUUUGUUCUAGACAAGACACACAAAUUCAAAGAGGUUACCUUGGUUGUCUACUUAUUCUCCCUUAUUGGUCUCGUGGUCUACAAUUUUACCCUUGAUUUGGGUUACAUCAUCAUCGUUUAUGUGACAGCUGGGUUUUUAGGCUUCUUCAUGACGGGCUACUUGCCAGUCGGAUUUGAACUGGCGGCCGAACUCACAUACCCCGAACCCGAAGGCACGUCGGUCGGCAUACUCAACGGCUUUUGCCAGAUCUUCGGCAUCCUCUUCACCAUCGGCUACUCAGCGUUGAUCAACGCCUGGGGUACAAAAAACGCCGGGCUGGGUCUGAUAUCUACACUGGCGGCUGGCACCGUGAUGACAUACUUCAUACCCAAAGACUACAAGAGGCAGGAAAGUGGGAAGGACGAAAAAGAGCCUGCAUAAAAGAAAAAAAAAUGUUUUGGUUUCAGCGUUGGUUGAGAAAAUUCUGUCUAGUGAAUAGACAGUUUUAGAUCCAAAGGAAUUGUUUUAUCUUGACGCAACUCAUUAUCUUUUAAUUAACAGUUGUUUCUAUUAAAUAUUUACUUCUUUCAACUUUAAAAAAAUCAAUUCCUUUUUUUAUAAAUAAUUAUGGAUCUAAUGGUUUUUCAAACCAAAGUAAAUGUGAUAUGUUUAAUGUCAUAAUUUUAAACUCAAAAACAAAAUUUCCUCUUUACCCAACAUAUCUAGUCAUGGAUGGAUUUAUAUAUUAUUGUAUAUUUAUCAACAGAAUAUUUUUUUAAGCUUGGUGCAUAACUUUCAUCUUAAACCUUUUUAAAUAUCAACCAACAGCUUUCAAAAAAUAGUAAAUGCUGAUUAUAUAUUAAAUAAAUCCAAAAUUGGCAGUUUGUCAAGACUUAAAAGGACUUUCUCUCAAUUUUAAUUAUGACAGGUCCAAAAAUAAGUUUUCGUACAUUAUCAAGUUUUAAGGCCUAACCAGAAAUAUUUUUCCAAAUUACGAUUAAUCAGUUGUUUAUAUUUUUGUAUUUUUGAAUGUUCGCCUGAUUGUAACUGAAACAAUAAUUAAUAAUCAUUUUUGUAAAAAAUAUAAUCUAGAAUAGACAUUCCAUGUUGUCUAUUUCUGCUUUCUAUGUAACGUCGCUUUAUGUUUACAUAUUUUUAAAAAAAAAAGUCAUAUCAAAAUAUUGAUAAAUAUUUAACUGUGUAUUUAUUGACUAUAAUACAAAUAAUGUUAGUAAUUCAAUUACAGUAUUUAGGCUGUGUUCAUUUGAUUUAUCACCAUUACUAUAUUUAGAUUAGGCCGAGACAAUAAAAUUGUUAAGAAGACAAUAAUUUUGUAUUUUAAUGAUUGUUGUUUAUCAGAAAUAAAAUGUUGAUGAA